AUGCCUGAACAAGAAACUAAAAAGUUGGAAGGACUAGUGAAGCAAAUAAAAACUGAGAUCAAUGCAAAGAAAGCAAUACUAGAAGAAGUUCUUCGGACAGUUGAUAAAGAUCAGGAUAAAUCAAGUAGUGUAAAGAAAAGGGUUUACAUAAGAGAAAUUCUUAAUUGUGAAGUAUCGAUGCCGUGCUCCAUAAAUGAAAUAUUCUGUGCAGACUUAAUUGAAUCUUUUCGGUUUGAAACUCACUUUGUUGCCAGAUUCAAAAUUCGCAACACUUCUGAAGGAGAUUUCUCUCACCAGUCAGCUGUUCUUUGUGUCUCUGCAUCGUUCUCCGCAUUUUUUGAUGACGAGAAAAUCUCUCUUAGCAUUCAUGGCAAAAUCAUCCAGGCUCAAAGCCAAAUAUUCAACUCCCCUUUCCGGCUCCUUAUCGAAUGUAAUCAGACAGCAGCAGCUCCCCCGGAAGCAUGUAUUUCCGAAUUGAUUUCUAUUGCGGAAGCUACUGAAGACUUGGAUUUGAAGGCAAUUGAGUAUAUGGACGAAAAGAGUACGUUUGAAGUAAUUCUAUCUCACAUUUAA